AUAACUAUUGUAAAUACUCUCUAACCAUUCCUUAGGAAUUUUGUUUCUGGUUUUGGAAAGAAAACCCCAAACCCCUGCAACUGUCGACCACACUCGUGAGAGAGAGAGAGAGAGAGAGAGAGAGAGAGAGAGGGGGAUGAGCGGGACCUCCAGCCUUAUACAAUUAUGGCAGAUUCCUUCCACCAAACUAUCUUUCGCUCGCUCCAAGUUUUCCAAAGUUGCAGGUCGGUAUAUGGUGCCAGCCCUAUGCUUCAGUAAGGAUAUGCAAACUGUCACGUAUGAAAUUGUGAACGGAAGCUACGUACCGAACGACCAAAAUAAACCAAACAAAGUAAAGGAUAAAGCAUUAGGAACCCAAGAAACUGUUGGAGCAUUUCAAAAGUUACCGGUGGUGAUGCCAUCAGUUGAUAUUCUUUAUUCGUCACUAAGGAAGGCAAGAAAGGUCUCAGCUACGAAAGGCAUUCCGAACGCAGCGAAGCGUGAGAGAAAUAAAGGCGCAAAGCAACUUGACACACUAAUGAAGGAACUGGCUGUUCCGUUAAGGAUGUACAAGGAGAACUUCCCAAACAGAAAACAAUUGCACCCUUACGAACGGUCUCUUGUGGAGUUGACUCUUGGAGAUGGAAAUUAUGAAGAGGUCUUGGGACGUGUUGAUGCUUUGAGGAAAAAGGUGACAGGUGUUGGAAAGGAACAUGCAGCGCUCUGUGCCAAGUCAACAUCGAAGCGAGAAGCAGAGGAGCGGUUGAGUGAGGGAAUGGCGAAACUUGAAAAGAUUUUUAUUCAAGAAGGAAAAGCUGUUGACAAUUUGUUAAACAUUGCCAAGACUUUAAGGGCAAUGCCAGUUGUAGAUUUGGAAUCACCAACACUUUGCCUUGUUGGAGCUCCUAAUGUGGGGAAGUCAACUUUGGUCCGCAUACUUUCGACGGGGAAGCCUGAGAUCUGCAAUUACCCUUUCACCACUCGAGGAAUUCUAAUGGGUCAUAUUGCUUUCAAUUACCAGAAUUUCCAGGUGACAGACACACCUGGCUUACUGAGGAGACAUGAUGAUGACAGGAACAAUUUGGAAAAGUUAACUCUUGCUGUUCUCUCACAUUUGCCAACUGCCGUACUUUAUGUUCAUGACCUCUCUGGAGAAUGUGGCACCUCACCUUCUGAUCAGUUUGUGAUAUACAAGGAAAUCAAAGAAAGGUUCAGUAAUCAUCUUUGGCUGGAUGCGGUCUCUAAAUGUGAUCUGCUUCAAGAAUCUCCUGUUCUUUACGUUACAGAAGAUAGUGAUGCUGAUCAUCUUGAGCUGGCAAGGUACCGGAAAGUGGGACCUGAUGGAGCCAUCCAUGUGUCAGUAAAUAGCGAAACCGGGCUCAAUGAGCUUAAAGCUAGAGUGCAUGAGCUGCUGCUUUCUCAGUCAUCGAGGAUAAAAAGCCAAGAGAUCAACCAAGAAACCGAACAAGUUACUAGCUGAUUGAUUGCUCAAUUCCUAGUUUCAAAUGAAACUACCCACCUGCUUUUGGUGAAAAUGAAUCAAAGAAACGGCAGCUUGGAACCCCAGGAGCUGGCUAAUCAAUGAGCCGGUUUAUGUCUUCUUGAUCGUGCCAAAUACUUGAAAUUACACCUCUUUGACCAUCUCUGAUUUAUGGCAUGGUGGCUAAGGUACUCUUUACGCAGCUGAAUUGGCGAUUAGGCAUCUGGUUGAAGAGUGGAGUACUUGAAGUGUGGAGAUCUUUAUGAAUGUUUCGGGAUGUAGGAUCUUGUUUUGUUUUAGCAUGAUUAUCCGGCAAAAGCUGGGUUUCGUGGCAUUUGAAUGCACUCUUUUUUGGUGUAGUAAUGGAUCCUUAUCUAUACGUAUUCAACGAAAUUUAUUCAAAGCCCUAUAUGCUCCUUUUCUAGCAGAUGUGGGGUCCAAGACUUAGUGUAUAGACGAUACGUCAAUGUGUGGUGGAAAAAGAGCUUGGGACACUGAAAUCUCUCGUGUUCAAGGUAAAUUGAAAUUUUGUUUGUAAGAGCAGGGUACCAAAUGGUCAAAUCUCAAAUCUCUUUUUCCCUA